AUGACGUCAGACUAUGAUCCUGAAUUAGAGGCGAAACUGGCCAAGAUCAGGGUUCAUGCCAGCUCAAAAUUGGAAAAUCAGAAGCACAUGGCCCUGAUUCUAUCGGCUGUUGAAGAAAACAUUCAAGAGCAGAAUAAUCCAAGAACUGCGGUAACAUACUUUGUAUCCUUCAUGUCUUUAUUGGACAGGUGUAUUCAAGAUGAUAUCAUCACUGAUAAUGCUUUGGCUCUAUCUACAGCAUACUUCCUGGAUCUUUUGGCACCUCUGACCCCAAAAUCUUUGUUGAAAUCCAAUUUUGCAGAGAUCUUAACCAAGAUUGCCCCUGCUAUAACAAAUGAACAAGCUGAAGCUCCAUUGAUUAGAUCUUCCAUUGGUGUUUUAGAAACGUUGUUGUUGUCUCAAGACCUGGCUUCUUGGAAGAACGCAUCUAGCAUGAAUAUUUCCCCAAAGAGAGGUUUGAUGGGAUUGUUGGAGUUAACCCUUGACUCAAGACCUAAGGUUAGAAGAAGAGCACAGGAGGCUAUAAGCAAGAUAUUAUCUAAUCCUCCUCCGGGGCCAUCAGUAGAACAUCCGGGUUCCUUAGAUUGUGCAGACUUUGCAACAAACAAAUUAAUAGAGACAAUGAGACUUCAAAAGUCCAAGCGAAAGUCAGAAGAUAGAUCCGCCAACUCUGCAGUCAUUCACUGCCUUCAAUUGAUUUCACAAAUCACAAACACAAACUCGUGGCCAAAUGUUAGAAUUGAAUUGGUCUGUGAUCUAUUACUUGAAGUUGCCAAAUCAUCAGAUCAAUUUCUCAUCACCAAUGCCUUUCAAGCCUUUGAAAACCUCUUCAACUCAAUGUCUGAAGAUGAAUUGAGUAUCGACAAAUUUGACUCGGUAAUCAAGAUUAUUUUGGAUUUGAAACCUUCUGUGAAUGAUACCCAUCUCGCUGCUCCUUGGUUGGCUGUUGUCGCAAAAGCUUCUACUGCAUAUUCUAAUGCCAAUCAAACCAGAUUUAUUAAGAAAUUUCCAAUCUUCGUUCAGACAAUAAUCCAGUUCUUUUCUUCUGAGUCUGAGAACAUCUGCAUUUCAACAUCCCAAUGCCUUAUAGCCAUCAUCACUGAGGGAAUCCACGAUGAUUCUUUAUUAAUUCCCUCAAAACAGUUCCCUAUCUCUCCUAAGUUGUACGAAAGUGUUGAUGAAUCCAUUACUCAAUUGGCUGAGGCUGUCAACUCCCUAUUGUCUGUUAAGUACAACCAUUGUUUAAGUGACAUUUUGAACCUAAUUAGUUGCAUUUUUAUCAAGUUGAGAUCUAGAGCCAAUCCAGACUUUCUUAACUGUUUGGAGAUUGUGGGUGCCUGGAGAUCUGACGAACAGAACUUCCAAUACAUUCAGGAGGCUGACAAUGUCAUUGGGAGCGCAAUUGGUGCUUUGGGCCCCGAAGCUGUACUCAGUGUAUUACCAUUGAAUCUUGACAGCCCCAAGAAGACAGGAAGAGCUUGGUUACUGCCUUUACUUAGGGACAAUGUCAGAAACGCCAAUCUUUCCUACUUCAAAACCCAACUUGCUCCGCUGAUCAAGUUUUUCGAACAAAAGAUUGCCUCUUCCACAGGUGAUUCAGUACAUGCAAAAAUCUUUGCCACUAUAAUUGAUCAAAUUUGGUCGCUGCUACCACAUUUCUGUGAUUUGCCAACUGAUAUGCCAACUGAAUUUGACGAUGAGUUUGCUUCAGAGCUAGCGUCUUUGAUGUACUCCAAGGUGGAGUUGCGUGUCACUAUUUGCCAGGCAUUCAAGUCCUUAGUCGAGUCCAAUCUGGUCUACAGUUCUGGUGCUCUUUCUGAAGACAAACUUCUUCAACAACAGUUUCCUAAGGAGUCCGCAGCUGCCAACAUUGAAGUACUAUCCAAGAUGAGCUCUAAACUCCUUUCUGUUCUUUUCAAUGUGUUCAGUCAAACAGUUCCAGAAUUACGAGGAUUCAUCUUAGAAACUAUUGAGCCUUAUCUGCAAAUUUCUUCGCAAGAUGAUUUGGUUGAUUCGUUCAAAAAGGUCUGUUUACAUUUAAAUCAAGCUCUUGAGGAAGAUAAGAAAAACAUUACACAAGCCCAACUUGACGGAAAGAAGCUUCCGAACCAGAAACUCUCCACAGGCGAAAUUCCAAGAUUGAGUGUUACUAUGAUGGAUUUGAUUGUCGUUAUGGUUAAGUACAUUCCAGAAUCUUCAUACAAUGCCCUCCUGUCCAUCUUUAAUCAAACGGUUGCAAUUGACGAUUCUUUGAUUCAGAAACGAUCUUACCGCAUCAUCGCUAGGCUACUAGAAACUGAAUCUGGAAAAAACGCAGUAGAACAAUUUUUGCCACAAAUCGAAUCUUUGUUUAUUGACAGUGCUGAAACAACUCACAUUCCCGCCAAAGCUGCUAGAUUUCAAGCUUUGCUUCGUUUGAUCCCAAUAUUACCAGAUGACCAUCUUUACUUCAUUCCAUCCAUACUCUCAGAAGUAAUUAUCACUAUCAAAGAUCCCAAAGAAAGGUCGAGGCUAUUAGCUUAUGAUGUACUGAAAGCUAUGGCUUUUAGGAUGCAAAAAGGCGGUGUUGUGAUAACAUCCAAAGUUCCUGGAAUGGAUCCAGACACUCCAAACACACAAGCAUCCCUUUCAGAGUAUUUCACAAUGUGUUCAGCUGGUCUCGCUGGUUCAACUGCCCACAUGAUUGGAGCUACCAUCAACGCCAUUAGUUACUUGUUUUACGAGUUUCGUAAUGAUAUGGAUAGAGAUCUUCUCAAUGAAGUCUCAUCUACAGUGGAAUUGUUCUUGACCUCCAAGAACAGAGAAAUUGUCAACGCUACGUUAGGAUUUGUAAAAGUAUCCAUCCUCACACUUCCUAGUGAUGUUGUCAAAGAAAAUCUUCCAAACUUGUUGGCCAAUUUGAUGAGGUGGUCUCAUGAACACAGGGGAAACUUCAAAACGAAAGUGAAGCAUAUGGUUGAGAGACUAAUCAGAAAGUUUGGCGCCGACUUAGUUGAACAGGCAAUUCCAGAAGAAGACAGGAAACUGAUUGCCAACAUUAAGAAGACCAAGAGACGAGAAAAGAGGAAGGCAGUGGAAGGAGACAAUGAGCCAGAAAAGUCCAAGGCAAAGAGUAAGACUGGAUUCACCUCUGCAUUCGAAGAUGCCAUUUACAAUGAUUCGGAAGAUUCAGAAGAUGAUGGUGAUGAAGACGAACCCAGUAACGGAAAAAGCCGACAGUAUAUCACAGAAUCCAAGGAUGAGCCUCUGGAUCUUUUGGAUCAACAAACCUUGGCUCGCAUCUCCUCCUCCAAGCCUAAAAAGUUCAGCAAGAAAGACCUUGCUGCCAAAGCAGGCUUUCGUACCAAUCAAGAAGGAAAAUUCGUCAUUAACAAUAAAAUUGAUGAUGACCUCCUGGAUAACAAGGCUUCUGGAAUCGACGCUUACGUUGAGGCUGUAAGAAAUGGACCUGUCAAGGGACAGAGAAAUAAACUCAAGUAUUUGAGAGGUAAGAAGGCUAACAAUGAUGAGGACUUUGGUGAUGAGAGUGAUGAAGAACCAGCAGCUACGAAGAAGAAUAUGUUUAACAAGAUUAGAAAGCCCAAGCAAAAGUUCAAGGCCGGUAGAAAAUUAUAG